AUGGAUAUAACCAAACUGAGAACGUAUAAGCACGGGUCCCUGGACUUGCGGGGUAGAGCACUUACUGUUACGGUUGGAUCAACCAAACCCGUGACGUUCUCCGUUCAUGAGCAUUUGAUUUGUCGCACUUCGGAUUAUUUUAAAACAGCUAUGAAGGCUUAUUGGGAGACAUCUAAUAGUGGAUCUAUUGCUCUUAAAGAAGAAGACCCGGAAGUGUUUGAGGUAUACCUGCAUUGGUUGUACUUUGAAACACUCCCAGUCAAGAAUGACAACCCUGGACUAGAAGGGAACAUUGAAUACGUACAACUCGCAAAAGCAUACGCAUUGGGAGAGUUUCUUCAGGAUGUUAAUUUCAAGGACGCUGUCCUAGAUGCGAUCUUGAUCAAAUCCCGCUCCGCGGCAUCGGACGGUCUGAAUUGGUAUCCUGUUGGGCCGGCCAUCCGCCACAUAUAUGAAGGGACUCCGGAAUCAUCGGCCGCUCGACGCCUUCUGGUCGACAUGUAUACUUACCAUGGGCUUGGAGAAUGGUUAACGAAAUGGGCCAAUAAAGACGACCUGCCUAAACAAUUCCUUCUCGACCUUGCCAUUGAAGCUUUGACAAAGAGAGCUCGCCCUUCCGCAUCCCUAGCUCCAAAAAAAGGAACCUGCGAAUAUCAUGAGCAUCUACCUGAUCCAAACAGCUGCUAUGUGAACUGUUCAGGAUCAAAGCGCGGCAAGGCAGUACACAUCGCAUCCUGUGAUGCCCAAAAGAUCAACUGA